UAUUAACCACUUAUUUAAUCUUCUGUGAAGAGAAAAAACGUUUGAUUAAAAAAAGAUACAAAAAAAUAAGAUCGGAUAAACUUAUUUUCUGUGUAUAUUUUUCUAUAAAAAAAUUUCCUUGUUAUGAUUUCUUAUAGAUACCCAUACCCAGGGUACUGUAAGUUAGGAGCAAUUUGUUUUUUUAAGUACUUUCUAUAAGAUAUUUUUCUCGCCAAGCAAAUAUUUAUAAAUAGAUUUGGCAGCAUAUAAUAUUAUAGUCUUCCAUCAGACCCCUUAUGCAGAAAUAAAGCACUAUAAAAGCUACUUAUAAAUCAAAAUUGCUGUCUACAGAGGCCAUUAUAAGGCAUUAUUAUAAAAAACUGUAUACAGCCUUCAAAUAAUACCUUUAUAGAGUAAUAAAGCUCCUUAGACAGUAAUUAUACAAUUUUAAAAGUGCUAACAGUAAUAACUAACCUAAAUUUAUUAAUAUUUAACGGCGUGUUUCUAAAGUAAACAAGUAAAUAGUUUAUUAACUUUUUGAAUUGUUAAGAAAAAAUGUUUAAAAUUGUGGAGACCAUCGAAGAAGGGUAAAAAACAGUUAACAAUUGUUCCUUCAAACUGGGAAAAUAAGGGCGUACUGUACUGGCCCAAAAGUGAGACAGAAAAAUUAAUAGAAGAUGGUAACUCAUACCCAGAAGAUAACUGGCUGGUUUUAAAAUGCAAGAUGAAAAGAAAUUAUUUAAUAAACAAACUAAUUGCCGAAGAGGAGCUAGUAAGGAUGCUUGAAACAGAUGAAACGGAACAGAAGGAAGGAGCAACAAUAGAUACUCUCAAGCUUAAACCUGCUAAACCUAUUAAAAUGACGAAAUAAAAAAAGACGUGAACAACCAAGAAAUUAUACUCCAAAAAAUUGCCAAAAUUGAGGUAACGUUUGACGAUUUUUUAAAAUCCUUUGGGGAAAAGUCACGGGUUACAUCUUCAAAAGAAGGGAUAAACGUUGUAAUUCGAGCUGAUGAGCCUUUUGAGCCAGUUAACACACUUGAAGAUCUUCGUAAAUUGGAAGAAAAAUUAUCUGAUCAAAUUAUUUUUGAUGAAUGUAUGGCAAAAAUGCGCUUUGUCUGUGGUCGAAACCCACAUGGAAGAAAUAAGGCAAUAGACAAUUGCUAUAUUUUAAUUGACAGGUUUUUUACAAGAUCCUUUAUGACAAAGUGUUCAUAGGCAGGCGGCUCUAGACAAAAUAACAUGGAAAAGAUCCCAUUUAAAAUUUACAAAAACAUUAUUAACCUGUUAUUCCAAAUAAUAUAUUUAUCAGAUGACACAUUUAAUAUGAAUGAAUGUGAAUUUUUUUUUUUUAAAUAUAAUCAAAAACUCGACAAGAAGAAAUGAGGCUGAUGGCAAAACAAUAUGUCGGCAAUGUAGAAGCAAAAAUCGACCAAAAAAAAUGGACUGUAAAGCAAAAGAAAGGAAAAACUCGGAAGGACAAACGCCGACCGAAGAACAACCGACAAUGCUCGAAGAACAACAACUGACGCCGACUGAUGAGCAACACUGCGUCGUAGUGGAAAAUGUAGGAAACGAAGAAAAUGUUGGAAACAGUGAUUAGUUAUCUGAGUUGUUAAUAAAAAGUGUCUUGAAAAAAGUGUUUUAUUGCUACGUAAUAUUUAUUACAAAGUAUGAAUUAAUGGAAUAAAAAUUACUUCAUUUUUCUUAUUGCUAGAUACUGCAACCAUUUUACAUUUUAUAUUACUUAUACAGCAAACAUGUGGGUUAAAUUCUGUACAGGUAGAUUUAUAUAUGUUUAAAAAAGAAGACCUGAUUGGUGUUUCAAAAAAGUUUUCAGUUUUUUUUUAACGCAUAACCAUAUAUACAUAUUUCACUACUUUGCACUCUGUUUGCGUAUCGCAUUUGCACUAUUUCAUUUUUAGUUGUUAAGAACCAUUGAUAAGGUGUUUGAUAUGUUAGAGUAAAGGUAGGUAAAACUACUUUUAAAAAAUUUUCUUCUGAAUUUUGAUUUUUUAAAUUUGGAAAGGAUUUUUUUUUUCUGUAAUUGACCAUGUUUCGACUUGAGUAAUUUCACUUAAUCUUUUAGCAGCUUGAGCAAGUGGAACAUUUCCAUUUCUUAAUAGGUUUUUUAUUUGAUAUAAUCUAUUUUCAAAUGGGUAUGCAUUAAAAGUUGAAAACUUUCCGAAUUUUGAAAUUUCAUCAACUACAUAUGUAAGGUUAUGAACGUUGCUAGUAAUGUAAUCAACACCAUAAAAGUCUCCAUAAUAUUCGACAUAAUUAUUGAAAAGUGCAUCAGCUAUGUUUAGAUUUUUAGAACUUUGCACACAGUAUACACACACACCAUUAAUUUCCCUGUGGCACAUAAAUCAAAAUGGCGAAAACCAUUAAAAUCUUAUUACUUUCCUGCAACUUUAAUAAGACUGCUUUUUAAAAUGCCCUAACAGUCCCUAAAACACUAUUUUGUGUUUUAAAUACUCUUUACGAAACGCUUUUAAGUCUUGCAACUUUUUUUAUGAAAUACUUGCCCUGCAAAGCUUUUUUAAAUAACCUUUUAAACUUAUACAUGUAAUCUAAAGUAAUACUUAUAAAACAGCAUCUACUUUCUUUAUUAAGCUUGUAUAAAUAUAUUUAGGAGCUUCUACAAGCAAACUAUAAGAUACAAUUGCUUACAGAGGCGGUUUUCCUUAUAGUGGAGGCAGUAUAAAUAUUCUUACAGCAAGUAGCAUUAUAGCUAUAAAUCAGCUUUAUAAAAAAGUCGUAAGAAUAUUCUAAGAGCAAUCGUUAAAGGCUGUUUUUCCCUCGGAGAUAAAUUUGCCUUAUCAAAAACUUUUAUAGCGCAAAAAUGGCAAUUCGAAACCUUUAAAAAACCUUUAUAAAUAAAAACUAGCUUUUAAGCUGUUAGUAAUAAGAGAACUUUGUUAGUUGGGCGCCUGGCAAUAAACCGACGCAAUCCUGAUACCGCAGUAAACAUCUGCGGUGGUUUAGCAACCUGUCAGGCGCAACUUGUCAGGCGCGUCUCCAGGUGGCAGAUAGCAGAACGGCCGGAAAACCAGAAAUGGUUCCGGUUAACGGUGACUAUAAGGGAAGCCAACGGGCCUACCUCCGUCCGGGCCAACUGAAGGUCAUCGUCGCGGACCAGCUAUAUACCGUAAACCGUCCAUUCGGCCCAACGACCCCCAUGAUCCUGAAAGGGAGCGUGGGGUACGUGCUCAUGAACGGCACGAGGGUCUGGGCUUAACCAUCCGGACCGCGUGGUGAGAACACCCCCUCUUAAAAUCUCCUAAUUCUUAGGGUAUGGCGCGCGCCAAGGGAUGCAAGACUGGGGGGAAGCCCAGUCACUAGCGGCCAACCCUGGGGAACAAGACGCACCCCAUUGUAUACAGCCUUACUCCUGCAUGCGGGGCUCUGCAGGGGUGGACCACCCUUUCCCUAGCUACUCGUGGGAACAUCUAUGAUGGACCAAGAUACCCAAAAUACCAAAGAAGGGGGCCAAGGGCAACCUUUGCCAGCAAUGGCGGGACCUAAAGGAACCGCUGUUGAGAAGUCAACGGCGGGAAGGCGAAGAAACCGCCGCUUGAAAGCCAAAGAGGGACCUGCUGGGAGGAAACGACCGUCGGGGGCUCAAAGACGAAAAGCCAAACUGUUGGCGGCCAAGGAAAGGGGGGGGACGGGGCCCAAAGAGGCACUGACACCCACCCAGACCAAGGCCAAUACGAGCGAGACGCAAAAACGACAUCGCUCGGAGGGAGAAACUCCGCAGGAGUCAAAAAGACCCAGGAAGAAGCCCAGGGGCCCAAGACGGGAACCAGGGCUGUCCUAUCGGGAUGCUGCGGCGCAACAGCAGGCAAACACCCUAAAGGGCUGGCUGCUCAACAAAACGCUCGCUCUGCAGAGCGGAUCGCAAAUUGCGCCCAAGUUUGCAGGCGUAAGCCAGGGUGGAGGAAUCCUUCACAUCACCUGUGUCGACGAGUCAACUAAAAAUUGGCUCGUCGAACUGGUGCAGAAGGAAACUCCCUGGGAAGGAGCUGAACUCCAGAUAACGGAGGACGGCAAACUUCCCAGACCGGUGAAGGCAAUAACCUGGGUGCCGGGACCUACUGAGGAACCGAAAGCACUCCUACACAAGCUGGAUGUUCAAAACAACAUCAACACCAGCUUGUGGAAAGUGCUCGAUAUGAGGAAGGACCAGGACGACAAGGGUUGCCUGGUAACGCUCCUCAUGGACGAGAAAUCCUGGGCCAAAGUAAGGGGAGCGAAUCAAUCGCUAUACCUCAACUUUGGCAGCAUAAAGAUCAGACUCUCGGCCAGCAGCCAAGAGAAAGAGAAGAGGGACCAGGCAACCCCUAUGGAAAUAGAGGGAUUGCCGGGAACCUCUUCUUCCUAAAAUCGCUCUCCGCAAUGGGUGUGAGGCUGAUACAAAUAAACCUCCACCACUGCAAAGCAGCUACUGCGGCCUUACAAAAAUGCAUAGCCGACAAUAAUAUUCAGAUAGCCCAGAUUCAGGAACCUUAUACUUAUAGGGGCUAGAUAAGGGGACUAGGAAACCUCAACUAGUGUCAGACCCAAAAGAGGGACCUAACCUAAGAAGCUGUAUCUUUAUAAGAAAAGAUAUAGAGGCCACACCGCUGUGGGAGUUUUGUGACAGGGACACAGCGGCGGUCAAAGUGCAAAUCAAAACAGCGGAGAGGAGCUACGAUACAAUAAUAGUAUCAGCAUACUUUCCGCACGAUCAACAAGGGGAACCACCUCCGACAACAGUUCGGAGGUUGAUAGACCAUCAAAGAUUGGAUAACCUUAUAAUAGGCUGUGACGCCAAUGUUGUUGAUGUCUCUGGCAUUUUCUCAUAAUAUUCCGACUCUACAAAACAAAACCAAAAUUCGUAGUCGCCCGUUAUUCGUUAGUAGACACUGGAAGGUCAUAAUGAAAUUUCAUAAUUUGUUAUUCAAAAUAAAAUUUAAAAGAUAUUCAAAUAGCUAGGUAACAAUUUAAAUUAAUCGUGCAUAAAGUUUUAAAUGCAUUUCUGCCUUAAAACUGGUAUAAUUUUUAUUGCGCUUUUAUAGCUCGAUAUAGCGCAUAUCGGAUCAUACAAACUUUGAAAAGCCUACUUAACCUUAUAACUUUCAAAAAUCAUAUUAAAAUAAGUAUACUUACUGUCCUCUACUUUUAUGUAUUGAUAACAUCCACCAACGCCUUUGACAUCUUAAUUUUUUUUUCUUUCGUAAAUUUUAAGCACAAGUCAAUACAAUAAUGCAGCAAUACCGGCGGCUAAAGUUUGAGCUUCCAUUUUACUUCACCUAGAUUUAAAACUUAUAUAAAUUUAAAAAGAAAUAAUAUAAAUUUGAUGCGCCAGAGCAAACGUUGGAACCAAUAUGUGUCCAAUGUUUCAACUGAAAAGUUCGUAGCAUCGUGUGGGAGGUACACUGGCAAAACGCCAUGUGUCGAACGUUGUAUCAAACGUUGGACCUAACGUUUGCCACAUCGUCUGGGAGCGGCUUAAAGCGGAGAACACAUAUACGCGAUCACGACCACGAUCACGAUCACGAUGGCGAUCAGACGCGUCCAAAGUAAAGAAAUGUAGCCGCACAUACUUGUCAUGAUGAUUGAUUUCACGGAAGAAUUUAUUGAACAUGUAAAGAAACAUGAUGUUUUAUUCGAUAUGGCACAUCGUGAUUAUAAGAAUGUUCGUAUUAAAAAUAAAGUAUGGGACGACAUUGCCAAGGAUAUGGGAAAUCAUCAUACUGGCGACGAUUUAAAGAAGCGCUGGAAAAAUUUAAAGGAUUGUUUCUCAAAACACUUACGCUCCGAGAAAACCCGAACUGGACAAGCAGCUAAGUCGAUCUCUCGCUAUAAAGCCUGGCCUUGGGCACAGCAUAUGGAAAGUUUUCGACCUUUCUUACAAUUUGCUGUAACAGAUUCUAAUAUUGCUGAUACCAACAUAGGAGUAAGUGAAGAAAUUGAAGCAUCUGACGUUCAAAAUAAAGCUACACAAAUGACUGAAAACAUACUAAGCGAAGCAAGUACUGACCAAGAAACAUCGAAGCAAAUUUCAUGUCAUAAUCGAAGACCAGAGAAAAAAAGAAAAUCGAUGGAACUUCCAGCACCCAACAAUUCAUCAUCUGCUGAUAAAGUUAUUAAGUACUUAAAUGAAAGGCACUCUGACAUCAAAAGUAACUGCAACAGCAUAGAUCUAACAUUUCAAGGAUAUGCUGCAAGCGUGAAGAGACUAUCGAAUCGACGGCAGACUAAUUAAAUUUAAAUAUGCUAAAUUAAUUAUGGAAGAAGAACUCGCACAGGAGGCGGAAGCUCAGGAGCAAAGCCGGCCAGGGACAAGUUAUUCAAGGGCUUCCGCUUCUUCAUCUUACGAAAUGGAUUUGCGAUCUCCAUUUGACAAUGAAUCUUCCUAUCACGAAUUAUCAAACUCAAGCAAUCUACCUGGAAGUUCUAAUGACCUGAAUUCUUCCGGUGCAACUUGGUAUGAGGAUCUGUGUAAAACCACCAUCUAACUCCAUAAAAUGUGUUUUUUUCUUUAAUUUCUUUAUAUUACUUUGGAACAAUAAACUUGCUUACAAAAUGUUUAUGACUUACCUUAAUGUGACGGCUAAUCGUUCUGUUGCGCCAAUCGGUUCUCUAAAUGUAGUUUCUUGUUUUGUAAUAUCGUCCUUGAUAAGAUUUAUUAUUUUAUCAAAACAUUCAAAAUUCAUUUUAAAGUAAGUAUAGAAUCGAUUUUCGUCUCUACGGAGCUCAGGAUAUAACCUAUGAAAUUCGCCUUCGUCCUUACGUUUUUUAUUAAUCUCGUGUACCCAAACGUUUCGUCUUUUUAUCCUAAAAAAACAGAAUAACCUAAGUGGAUUCUUGUCUAAUGGACGAGAAGUAAUUAGACAAUCUGAGAUUACCUUCGCCUAUCAUUAUUGCAAUUUUCAUCUUCAUCCAAUAAUAUUGCAAGUAGUGCCUCUUCCUCAAAAUCCUCCAUUGACACUUUUAACCCGCCCUCAGAUUUAAAAUAAGCUGUUUAUGUAUGCGUGCACUUCGACUGAGCCUAAUCGCGAUCGCGGAUAUGUGUCCACCCCUUCUGAACGCAAGGAUCGCCAUCGCGAUCGUGGUCGUGAUCGCGUAUAUGUGUUCUCCGCUUAACAGGGUCGAACGACGCGAUCGAAAAGGAGUCAGCGAAGCACACGCGUAACCUUUUAAUUUUAUUUUGUUAUCUCUCGCAAAUUUCACUAGUUAAGUCCUUACACUUUGUAAAUAAAAGGAAAAAUAAAUCUCGCUUUUGAACGUA